GCAGACCCCACAAGCGCAAGCAUCUCCUCCUCCUCCUCCUAUCUCGACCUAGGAAUCACCCUCGCAAUCAACAGCUGGCCCGCAAUGAACCUCGCCGUACAAUCCAACUGGGGCGGCCCAACCUCCUCAGACAAACGCGACUGGCUGUGCGGGGCGAUCUCGGAAAUGGUAAACGAGCGCCCGGAAACCGACGCAGAGGAUCUCGAGGACGUGCUGAUCCAAGUGAUGAACGACGAGUUCGAUGUGGUUGUGGAUGAUGAGAGCGCGGGCUCGGUUGCGGUGCAGAUCAUGGAGGUCCGCGAGUAUGUGGCUCGUGGGGAAUUCGGGCCGAUCCAGGAGAUGUGGGAGGCGUGGCAGAGGAAGAGCCAGAAGGGCGGUGAUACCGCCGUGGCUGGGUUUCGGAGGGUGGAGGCUAGAGAUGAGGAUCAGGAGACGGAUGAUGAUGACGAUGAGGAUGAUGAGGAGGAUGAUGUUGAUAUGGACGAGGCACCUCCGUUGGUUAGGGCUCCGAGGGAGAGGGCCGAGCCUGAGGUGGAUGAAGAUGGG